UGGAGCUGUACCCAGAUGAGUCAAUAACCAAUGAAGCGAUUUCAUCACCAACUUCGAUUCAUCCGCAUUUCGCCACUGACAUCCACGAUGGGCCCCGACUCAACCACUCAAGACCAGGCAUCCCCUGCUCAGAAGACAUCGGUCCCUACCACUCUCAUAUUCGAUGGGCAGCAAAUAACAUUGGAGAAUGAGCCGUCAAUACCUCUUUACCGGCUUAGCCGCACCAUAGCCUGCAAAGUUCAGAAGCAUUGCAGCAUAAUAUUCGAACAGAUCGAGGUUGUCGAGACAUCCCAUCCAGAUGGGAAAGGUUCAAAAAUACGGCAGCGCCCUCAUGAUCUUUACUACCUUGUGAACUCGCUUCUCAUGCUGCAACGUCGACACGAUACGCCGGCGUGUUACCUCACCGCUCCAUCGCCCAAAGCAUUGGGCAAUAUUCAGGUCGACGUCUAUAAUACUCCUUCGCAAUGUCUGGGAUUCAAAGCGAUGCUCAACGCCGACAAAUCAGCAGAUGAUGUUCAACUGUUUAAAGUCGAUACCCAACAAAUCUUGUUUGAGAUGAGGCCGAAACUAAAAGGCGGUCCUUAUCAGUGGAUAGAUGCAGAUGGGCAGAGUAUUGCAUAUGAGCCAGGUCAGGAGGGCAAUCACAAGCUCGUAAUUCAAGUUCCAUUGCAACAAGACAUCAGGGGUGCCCUGGUAGCACUAUGGACGUUGAGACUCUGGUAUGAGCAUAUCCACGGUCAAUCAGAAUGACAGUGAGGGUCAUACAACUCGCCAACCUCCAUGCACACUUCAUUCUAGUUCAGAAAAGCGCUUACUCAGAAGAACUGCUAUGUGGACGCUGUCUGUCAGGUGAGACACGAACAGGUAGGCGACUUCCAUAAUGGUUGGGGGCAAAUGAAAUAGAUAGGCAUUUCUCAUAAGUAUCAUACAUAGAAUUAGAUUAUACACCACCCGAGAACUAAUAUGCACGGCUCGAUAUUGGGGCUUCUACCGCUCAACAUCUCCUGAACUGUGUACCUCAAACGCGACGGUCUUACUAAUGCCGAUCUGUUUCGUGUCCAUCUCAUCAAGAUCAAUAUCCGAAGAAGCGUUUCUGUGGUCCCUGCGACUAAUGAUGCGCUCUUGUGAACUUGUCCUGUCACCGGUCGACUCUCCUCCCCGAACCUCAACAAUGUUCUCGCCUUGCUGGGUUGUGAGGACAAUAUCGCCGCCACGGCCAUUCGCGAACUGUCGAUGUGGAUAGCCACCAGGCUGGUGUCGGCUUUGGCCUGAUGAGCCGUAAACUUGGUUGUGAAAAACGACCUUUGAUGCUAAGAUGUCGAUGCUGAGCUUGUCAGCGUGGUGGAUUGAAGUGAACAAGGUAAACCUACAUCAUCAUUACUGGGAACAUGCAUUCCAUACUGUACGCAAACCGAUCAAUCUGUGAAGCAAGAUUCGUCGCACUUUGUUCAGCAUUUUGGAAGGAAUAUGUGAUAGCCCGUAUGAUGCCCAGUACUGCAAGAAGUGCCAGUCGGACCUCAGUACUCCGCAUCAAGUAUCUGAACAGACCAGCCUUGAUAGCAGCGC